CUCCAGGAGAGGCUGAGCUCACUCGGCAGGAGGCGGGGAUUGCGGAAAAGAAGAACCAAUAAGAGCAAAUAUUCCCCGCCCCUUUGCCUUGAUGGAUUACCACAUUCGGGCCAAUGGGGGAAUUCUCAUUUCGAAGAAAGCGGGACUUGUUCCCCGGGUUUGAGAAAGAGGACGCGCGGGGCUGGAGGGGUCAAGGCUGCGCCUCGCGGAGUGGCCUGGCCUAACAGCCGGGAGGGCCUCGCAACUCUCUUUGACCUCCCAGAAGAGUCACGUGGGCUGACCGCGAGCAGGGGCGGAAAGGCAGCAUAAGUUUCUUCCGGGUCAUUGACAGAAGCCGUCCAUUCCUGGAAGUAAUUCGUUGGCUUUUCCCUUCAUCCUUUUGCCUGCUCCCAGCGAAGAGUGGUUUUGGUUUCGGCAAUGAGCUCCCAGAAAGGCAACGUGGUUCGUUCCAGGCCCCAGAAGCACCAGAAUACGUUUAGCUUCAAAAAUGACAAGUUCGAUAAGAGUGUGCAGACCAAGAAAAUUAAUGCAAAACUUCAUGAUGGAGUAUGUCAGCACUGUAAAGAAGUUCUUGAGUGGCGUGUAAAAUACAGCAAGUACAAACCAUUAUCAAAACCUAAAAAAUGUGUUAAAUGUUUACAAAAGACAGUGAAGGAUUCUUAUCACAUAAUAUGUAGACCAUGUGCCUAUGAACUUGAAGUUUGUGCAAAAUGUGGAAAGAAGGAAGACAUUGUUAUUCCUUUCAAUAAUAAAUCAGAAAAAACAGAACAUAUUGAAAAUAAUCCAAGUUCCAACCAUAGAAGAAGCUGCAGAAGAAAUGAAGAAAGUGAUGAUGAUUUAGAUUUUGAUAUUGAUUUAGAAGACACAGAAGGAAACCAUCAAAUGAAUUAAUAUCACUGCAUUAAAAGUUGGCCGGGUGUGGUGGCUCACGCCUGUAAUCCCAGCACUUUGGGAGGCCUAGGUGGGUGGAUCACCUGAGGUCAGGAGUUCAAGAUCAGCCUGGCCAACAUGGUGAAACCCCGCCUCUACUAAAAAUACAAAAAAAUUAGCUGGGCAUGGUGGCUCAUGCCUAUAAUCCCAGCUACUCGGGAGGCGAGGCAGGAGAAUUGCUUGAACCUGGGAAGCAGAGGUUGCAGUGAGCCAAGAUGGCACCAUGCACUCCAGCCUGGGUGACAGAGUGAGACUCUGUCUCGAAAAGAAAAUAAAGAAAUCAAGUCAACUUAAGAAUGUGAAAUUCUGACCAACUUCUGACUAUUUUCCAAAAGAUACUGUGAAAUCCUAAUGAGGAAAUCAGAAAAAGCUAUAGAAAAAUUGACAAAUUUUGUACAUGAACAAUAUAAAUAGUGUAUACUGUAUUACCUAAUACCAAACUAAACAAGAUUCAGAAUUGAUGGUAGUAUAAGAACUAGCUCAUGUAAAAUAAGAUGACAUUGUUAUAUUGCUAGGCUCAAAAAUUGGUCCUCAGUAUAUCCCUUUUGAUAAAUGAUCUUAAGUAGAUGACUCAAAAGCAAUGCCCUGUCACUUAUGUUUAAUUGUUACAAAGCAAAAGAAGUGUUUUCAAAUAAUAAUGUUUAACAAUUGUAUAGCAAUUCUUCUUUGUAUUUUUAUGGUACCCAUGACCAAAAGCCUGGAAGGUAGAAGGAUCACACCAAUGGAAAGAGACUCUGGGUCGCAGCCCGUACCGGGUGGGGACCCAGGGAGGUAUGGAGAGGCUGGUGGAAUUAAAGCUCAGAAUCCAGUCACAAGAACCAACUGGGAAAGACACACUAUCAGCUUAUUAACGCGAUUAUGGUACUCGACCCAGCUGAGGAGUCAAUUGCAAAACUCAAAACUGCUAUCAAUGCAUUGACUGUAUCUGUUGGGACCAUAUGGGAGGGUCAAAAAGCAAUCAACUGCCGAUUAGACUGGCUGGAGGAACUCAUGCAUAGAAUCAAGAGACAUUGCUUCAUGCGUUAGAUGAAGUUGAUCAGAAAGUUAAAUUUAUCCACGCUAGACCUAGUAUGGGGAGCUUUCCCCAGUGUCGUCAGCACCCUCACCUCCAGCACAAACUGCAAGCAAUCCAUAUCCAGUUGCUGGACUUGCAACACUGGGAAGAUCUUAUCUAACUACAUAAUCGAUUAAAAAAAAGAGAGAGGGAAGACCCCCUUGGUGAAAUACAGUGUACUCUUCACUGCCACUGCCACUGCCACCAUCAGAUGGGUCUUUAGAGCUUUGAAACACAAUCUUUGUAAAUUAAUCAAAACUUCCCUGUGACCUACCUGCCUUCUACCCAUACCAGAAUUUGACCACUGCUACCCUAAAAGGCAAAAUGGGCUUUGAUAUAGAAAGACAAACUGCUUCCUCUUUAACAGGAGAUGCCACACAUUUCUGUGGGUAAUUUAAGUUGGACUUUUGACUCUAAAACAACUAUAAUUCAAAAUCCUAAUGCAGCUGAAGAAUCUUGACUGACUGUUGCCUUUGAUGUCCAAAUAAGGGACUAUUGUGAGUACUUAAUGCUACACUUACUAUAAGAAUGGUAAUAUUUAUUAUCUUUCUCCUGGGCUGGAUAGUGGACUAUAUUUUAUUAUAGGCUUCGAAAAGCACCUGUAAGGCAUAACUUCAUAUUAAUAACUUAAAUAGUAUAUGAAGCUAUUAAAAAAUUUUAUAUAUCAUCACAGUUUUAUAUUUUUAAUAUAUCAUCACAUUUUUACCUUUUAAUCUCUUACACAAUGUACAUAUAGAAAAAGUUCAUAUAAUUUAUAUAGUUUAAUAAAUAAUUAUAAAGGAAAGUUCAUGCAUUUAUAUACCUAGGUGAAGAAACUGCCAGCAUCAGAAGACCCCAGCAAGGCUCUCCCUCAGCAAAAGUUCAUCUUUCUUCCCAGAAUUGGCACUAUUCUGAAUUUUGAUAAUUAUUUUCUUAACUUUUCUACUACCCAUGUUUGUACUCCUAAACAAUAUAAAUUAGCUUGGUCUGUUGUUGUUUUAGCUCUUUUUUUAAUAUUUUUAUUUUUUUUCAUUUUAUUUAUUUAAAUUUUUUUUGAGACAGAGUUUCACUCUUGUCUCCAGGCUGGAGUGUAAUGGUGUGAUCUCAGCUCACUGCAACCUCCACCUCCUCGGUUCAAGUGAUUCUCCUGCCUCAGCCUUCCAAGUAGCUGGGAUUACAGCUGACUGCCACCAUGCCCAGCUGAUUUUUGUAUUUUUAGUAGAGACAGGCUUUCAGCAUGUUGACCAGGCUGGUCUUGAACUCCUGACCUCAGGUGAUGCACCCGCCUCAGCCUCCCAGUGCUGGGAUUACAGGCAUGAGCCACUGCGCCUGGCCAUAUUUUUUAUUUUACUUUAUUUUUUUGAGACAGAGUCUCACUGUGUUGCCCAGGCUGGGGUGCAGUGGUAUGAACUGCCUCACUGCAACCUCUGCCUCCUGGCUUCAAGUGAUUAGCGAUUAUCUUGCCUCACCCUCCUGAGUAACGGGGACUACAGGCCUGCACCACCACGCCUGGCUAAUUUUUGUAUUUUUAGUAGAGAUGAGGUUUCACCUGACCUCAGGUGAUGUGCCCACCUCCGCCUCCCAUAGUGCGGGGAUUAUAGGCGUAAGCCUGUGCACGUGGCCCUUAAUUUGUUUUUUCUAAUGUUGAGAGACAUUUGACUUAUCUCAAAUUUUUCCUGUUACAAACAGUGCUAGUGUGAACAUUGUUACAUGGGUCCUUGGUAGACCUGUGCAUUUCUGUUAGGUAUGUAUCUAGCAGUGAUAGAGGGAAUCAGGGCUGUGCGGCUUCACUUUUACUAUGUAAGACAAAACUUUUCCAGAGAGAUUUCAUCCCCUUUUUCAUAGCAAUGGGUUAGAAUUUCAGCACUCUGCAUUCUUUCUAACACUUGGUAUCAGACUUUUCAAUUUCUCCCAGUUGGAUAUGUGUGCAAUAGUAUCUCUUUGUCUUAAUAAUUUGUAUUUCUAAUUACAAAUAAGCUUGAGCCCCUUUUUCUGUGUUUAUUGGCUUUUUCACUUUUGAUAAUAGAUAAUAGGGAAUAGUUUAAGUAAAAUGUUGUUUUAGAAAUGCAUACUGAAAUUCUUAAGGAUGUAAUACCAAUUUACUUUAAAAUAUUUCAGCAUAAAAAAAAUAAAGACAGAUAACAUUUCAGUGACAUCAGAAAAUAGUACCUGGGAAUACAUCAAAGUAUUCAAGAACUCUGUCAACAAGAGCAUAAAAUCUUCAGACAUUGAAGAAAGUGGAGGUUGAAUGUAUUGGCUUACUUCUAUAAUCCCAGCACUUUGGGAGGCCAAGGCAGGCAGAUCACCUAAAGUCAGGAGUUCAAGACCAAUUUGGCCAACAUGGUGAAACCCAUCUCAAUUAAAAAUACAAAAAUUAGCAAGGUAUAGUAGCAGGUGUUUGUAAUCCCAGCUACUCGGGAGGCUGAGGUAGGAGAAUUGCUUGGAUCUGGGAGGUAGGGGUUGCAGUGAGCUGUACUCCAGCCUGGGUGACAAGAGUAAGACUCCCUAAAGAAAAGAAAAUGGAGACAAAAAUGGAUAGAAAUACUAUCUUCACAAUGUGAAAGUCACAAUAUACUAAACAUAUUACCUGACAGAAAUUUCUGUCCCAUAAAUUUGUGUGGCAUUCCUUUUUUACAUAUAAGCUUAUUUUCUGGACUACUUUUGUGAUCUAAGGAGCCAACUAAAGUCUUAUUGGACCUAGCAUAAAUUAUUUCCCAUGUGAAUGAGUACUAAUUACUUAGAUGACUUUACCAGGAAAAAAUUUAACAAAGAGCAUCACCUAGUGACAUAUGUUAAUAGCUGCAUUUCAUUCCUUAGUGCUAAGAAAGAUGGUUUUGUUUUUUAAGCAGACUUUUAUAUAUUUUAUAUUUAGUUCCUUUAUAUAUGUUUUAGGAAUUAACCCUUCUAGUCCAAUAGCUAUUUGUAUCAUAAUCAGCAUAUAGAAAUCAGAUGAAGGCUUUGUUUUGUUUUAAUGCAAUGAAUUGGUUUUUUUUUUUUUUUUUUUUUAGACGGAGUUUUGCUCUUGUUAACCAGGCUGGAGUGCAAUGGCACGAUCUCAGCUCGCUGCAACCUCCACCUCCUGGGAUCAGGCAAUUCUCCUGCCUCAGCCUCCCGAGUAGCUGGGAUUACAGGCACGCACCACCAUGCCCAGCUAAGUUUUUGUAUUUUUAGUAGAGAUGGGGUUUCACCACGUUGACCAGGAUGGUCUCGAUCUCUUCACCUCGUGAUCCACCCACCUCGGCCUCCCAAAGUGCUGGGAUUACAGGCAUGAGCCACCGCGCCCGGCCUAUGAAUUGGUUUAAUGUAAUGCAUUGAUUUGUUGCACCUUGAUAACUGGCAGGAGGAUAUCAAGACUGCAUUCACAUAUUCUGAAAUAUUACAGUGCUUUAUUAUAGAAGUUUCAUAACUCGGAUCAUAAAAUUUAUAUGAGGAUCUUUUAAGAAAAUUCUUAUUCCUGGGAUAUUGUGAUUCAUUUGGUCUGGAAUAUAACCUAGGAAUUUUUUUUUUUCUAUCUCCUCAGGUGAUUCUGAUCGUAAGUUGUAACAAAUACAAUUAGUUGCAUAUGGCAGAAAGCCAUUCCCGUGCCUAUUUGCUUCUCUGUAGCUACUAGAAUAUAGUACCCCUGUUGUCAUGUUUUGUCUUUCACAGCCCCUCUUGCAAGUAGGAGUGCCAGCCAUAUGAGGGGAAUCUGCUGAGACAAUCUGGGAAAGACUUACCUCACUUACAAAAAGAAAGCACUUUUCUGCCAGGCUGUUUCUUCCUGAAUAUGGUUGUGAGUAAACAUGAUGUCUAGAGCUUGCAGCCGUGAUAGGGACAACAAAUGAGCUGCAGAGACAGCGAUCCAGAGCCCUGACAUUGUGAAGCUGCAGAAGUAAUGAGCCCUGGGCUCUCAACCAUCUCUAGAAUUCUUGUAAGGUAAUUAUAUGUUUAGAGCUUUUUCAAGCACCCAUGUCUGUAAAAAAAAAAAAAAAAAAAGUUUUUAAAUAAAGAUUCUUUUAUUAUAAAAAAGAAAAGAUAGACCGGGCACAGUGGCUCACAGACCGGGCACAGUGGCUCACGUCUGUAAUCCCAGCACUUUGGGAAGUCGAGGUGAGUGGAUCAUGAAGUCAGGAGUUCAAGACCAGCCUGGCCAACAUGGUGAAACCCUGUCUCUACUAAAAAUACAAAAAUUAGCCGGGCAUUGUAGUGCAUGCCUCUAGUCCCAGCCACUCAGGAGGCUGAGGCAGGAGAAUUCCUUGAACUCGGAAGGCAGAGGUUUUGGUGAACCGAGGUCACACCACUGCAUUCCAGCCUGGGCAACAAAGCGAGACUCUGUCUCAAGAAGAUAAUUCCAUGUCUAAUUAGACAUUUAAUGCAUAAGUUGCUACUAAUUCUGUUACUUUCAGCCAAAUGCAUUCCCAACUGAUACCGCAGCAAGUUUUGUAACCCAAUUUUAUAGCACUCGUGCUAUGGCAAAAAGAGAACGUCAGUAUAUGAAAAAAUGAUUCAUUAGUAAUGAAGACUUAUGAAUUUGGUUGUUUGAUUACAUUCUCCAAAGAAUUGCUAUACCAUGUAUACAAGAUUAUAUAUGUAAAAUCUGAAUCUUUUAUAAGAUAGAUCUUAUAUAUACUAUACUUUUAUAAUGUAAAAUUAAAACUGUUACAUGUCACAUUUAUGCAAACAUAAAUAUUCCAUGAUCCUAAACUUUUUAUCUUAAGUGAAAUUUAUAACAAAUUUAACUUUUUUUGGGGGGGGGAGGGAAGGAGGAAGGGAGGAAGGCAGGAAGGGAGGGAAGGAGGAAGGGAGGGAGGAAGGAAGGGAUGAAGGAAGGAAGGGAGGAAGGAAGGAAGGAAGGGAGGAAGGGGGGGAAGGAAGGAAGGAAGGGAGGAAGGUGGGGAGGGAAGGAAGGAAGGAAGGGAAGGAAGGAAUUCAAGCAAUGAGAGGGACAUUGCCAACCUGGAUCUAGAGGUUUACAAGUUGAUUUCUUUUUUUGAGAGAAGGAAAGAAAAAAAAAAUGAGUAAAGGAGAGAAAGAAAGAGGAAGAGAGAGAGGGAGGGUGAACGGAAAUAUUGCUUUAUUCUGAAAAAAAUGGGUAUUGAUAAUGGCCAAUCAAUGUUUCAUUUAAACCUAUGAGUAGGUGUGAUGUGGUAUUGACAAGAAUGUAUAUUUUAUGUAUUUGAAGUGGAGAGCUCUAUAAAUAUUUAUUAAGUUUACUUGUUCUGGAUCUGAGUUCGAGUCCUUGAUAUUCUUAUUAAUUUUCUGUCUCAUUGAAUCUAAGUCUCUAUGUAUCUGGGUGUUAGGAUCGUUAGCUCUUGUUGUUGUAUUGAUCCUUUUACCACUAUAUCUUUGUUGCUUUACCACUAUAUCUUUGUUGCUUUAAAAUCUAUUUUAUCCGCUAUGGGAAUUGCAACUCCUGCUUUUUAUUUAUUUAUUUAUUUAUUUUUGCUCUUCAUUUGGUUGGUAAAUCUUUCUCCAUUCCUUUGUUUUGAGUCUUUGUGUAUCCUUGCAUGUGAAACAGGUCUGGAUGUAACAUGCCAUUGGGUUUUGGCUGUGUCUUUUGAUUGGGGGAUUUAGUUGAUUUAAAUUUAGGGUUACUGCCAUUUGAUGUUAACUGGCUGUUUGAUCCAUUCGUUGAUGAAAAUUCUUCUUUAUGUUGGUGCUCUUUACUUUUUGGUAUAUUUUUAGUAAGGCUAAUACUGGUUGUUUCUUUCUGUGUGUAAUGCCUCUUUCAGAAGCUCUUGUAAAGCAGGCCUGGUGGUAAUAAAAUCUCUGAGUACUUGCUUGUUCAUAAAAGAUUUUAUUUUUCCUUCAGUUGUGAAGCUUAGUUUGGCUGGAUAUGAAAUUCUGGGCUGAAGGUUCUGUUCUUUGAGGAUGUUGAAUAUUGGCUCCCACUCUCUUCUGGCUUGUAGAGUUUCUGCUGAGAGAUCUGUAAGUCUGAUAGGCUUCCCUUUGUGGGUAACCUGACCUUUCUCUCUGGCUACCCUUAGUAUUUUCUCCUUCAUUUCAACCCUGGUGAAUCUAACGAUUAUGUGCCUUGGGGUUGCUCUUCUUGAGGAAUAUCUUUGUGGUGUUCUCUGUAUUACCUGGGGUUGAAUAUUGCCUGCUUUGCUAGUUCCGGAAAAUUUUCCUGAAUAAUAUCCUGAAGGGUAUUUUCCAGCUUGGAUUCAUUCUCUCCGUCGCAUUCAGGUACACCUAUCAAACGUAAAUUUGGUCUUUUCACAUAGUCCCACAUUUCUUGGAGACUUUGCUCAUUCCUUUUUAUCCUUUUAUCUCUAAUCUUGUCUUCUUGUUUUUUUUUCAUUAAGUUGGACUUUGACCUCUGUUAUCCUUUCUUCUGCUUGAACAAUUCGAGUGUUUAAACCUGUGCAUACUUCUCGGAGUUUCUGUAUUGUAUUCUUCAGUUCCAUUAAUUCACUUAUAUUCCUCUCUAAGUUGUCUAUUCUCAAUAGGAUUUUGUCAAACCUUUUUUCAAAGUUCCUAGUUUCUUUACGUUGGGCUACAACAUGUUUCUUUUAACUCACAGAAGUUUCUUAUUAUCCAUUCCUUGAAGAGUGAUUCUGUCAUUGGGAUGCGAGAUGUGGAACUGUGAUCAUCUUUAGAGGGAGAGGCAUUCUGAUUUUAUGUAUUCUCAGCCUUUUUACGCUGGUUUUUUCCCAUCAUUGUAAAUUUAUCCUCCUGUCGUCUUUGAAAUUACCAACUUUCAGAUUAGGUCUCUUGAUUGGACGUCCAAGUUGUUAGUUCCCAGGGCCAGAACGGCAGCGUUAAGACUGAUGGUGCUUUUCUGCCCAGGAUUCUCCUGUCUGGCUUCCUUCUUGUGUUCAUAAUGGGCGACUCUGCCUUCCCCGGGCUCCAAACCUCAGUCAGAAGGGGAGCCGGCCCUGUUUACUCUGCUCUGAGAGCUGCCGCGCCAAGGUGCCAGCAAAGCCACAGCGCCGGCCACAAGAGUCGCGCUGGCGACCCGUGUGGUUCCUCCACUGGGGAUCUUCUGCUUCGUGAGCGACCAGAAUUUGUCUGAAAGUGUGGCGUCCUCUAGUUCUCUGUGCUUUGACUGAGAGCUGCAAUCCCGAGCUGUUAUCCAUCGGCCAUCUUGGAUCGUCUCCCAGUAUUAACUUUUAAUUAACACAUCUCUGCCCCUUCUUUUCCCCCUCUUUCUAAGUCUUUUCCUUUCUUUGUAACAUUAGUCCUGUAUUGAAUGAUUGCCCUAUAAUUAUGGCAUAGAAUUUUUCUCUUUCAUAUUGUUCAGAUUUGUCAGCAAUACUGAAAGUUACAGGACCAUUUUCCACAAUUUUUACUGGCCGCACUAAGGGAAUCUAGGGGGAGUAUGUUGGGAUUGCUUAGUCAGCAAUAUGCUAGUGAACCCCUCAACUUUGUCAAACAGUAUACCUACCGAAAAAAUAUCAUACCUUCCCAAAUCUCAUACAUAGGACUUUUUAAGUAAUUAAAGUCUUUUUAAGGUAUUAAACAGCAGUUACAUAUGCGGCUGCAUCUUUUAAUUUCUACAUAAUCUCAAAAAUUAAGAAAAGUUUAUAAUCUAAACAUAGGUUUCUUACAAAGGAAAUGCAUUCUUUGCAUUACCGUAGAAUGUUUAUAGUUGGUAGUUAAUUGGUACUAAUAAGGGUUUAAAACUAUAUUGGUUGUAAAAACACAAAUAGUACCUAAAUGCUCAGAGGUUGACUAAGGUUUAAUAUUUCCUUAAAACUUGGUUUAGACAUUUCUAUAACCUCUAGCAAUGUUAAUUUGAAGUAUAUGAAUUAAAUUUUAAUAUUAAACAUUUACACGUAAAUUAUUUAAAUAUUUAAAAUGAAUUUUUUUUUUUAAUUGUUAUUGUUGGUGGUGUUUAGACAGAGUCUCAUUCUUUUGCCCAGGGUGGAGUGCAGUGGUAUGACUUUGGCUCACUGCGACAUCUGCCUCCCCAGUUCAAGCGAUUCUCCUGCCUCAACCUCCUGAGUAGCUGGGAUUACAGGCACCUGCCACUAAUUUUUGUGUUUUUCAGUAGAGACAGAGUUUCACCAUGUUGGCUAGGCUGGUCUCAAAUUCCUGAUCUCAGGUGAUCCUCCCACCUUGGUCUCCCAAAGUGCUGAGAUUUCAGGCGUGAGCCACCACCACACUCAGCCACUUAUUUUUAUUUUUAUUUUUAUUAUUUUUUUUGAGAUGGAGCCCAGGCUGGAGUGCAGUGGCACGAUAUUGGCUCACUGCAACCCUCACCUCCUGGGUCCUGGUUCGAGCAAUUCUCCUGCCUCAGUCUCCCAAUUAGCUGGAAUUACAGGCACUUACCACCAUGCCCAGCUAAUUUUUUUGUAUUUUUAGUAGAGAGAGGGUUUCACCAUGUUGGCCAGGCUGGUCUUGAACUCCUGACCUUGUGAUCCGCCCGCCUCAGCCUCCCAAAGUGCUGGGAUUACAGGCGUGAACCACCAUACCUGGCCCACUUUUAAAAAAUUUAUUUAUUUUUUCUUUUUUCAUAAGUCAGCAUAUUUUUCACUUUUAAAGUAAAUAAAAUGUCUUUGAAUUCAAUGUAAGUUGUAACUAACAUUUUAUAGUUUGUUCAUAAAUAUCUUGAGCAAAAUAAUCCAGACCCAAGAGAUGAUAUACUUUAUGGGUCCCUUUAUGCAAAGUUCUGAAAUAGUUUUAAGUAAUUUAUGGUGAUAAACAUCAGAAUAGUGGUUAUCUUUAGGAAGGUAGUAUUGACUGGGAAUGUGUGUAAGUGAGGAACUUUUGGAAUGCUGGAUUCAUCUGUCUCUUGGCCCAGGUGAUGGCUACAUAGGUACAGAAAUAUAAAAUUCAGCAUUUAACAAUUUAUUUAGUUGUAUGUCAGUUUUAUCUCAGUUAAAAAGUGAUAAUACUUUAAAAAUAGAUUAGUAUAGCCAGGCGUGGUGGCACAUGCCUGUAAUCCCAGCUACUCAGGUGGCUGAGGCAGGAUAAUCACUCGAACCCAGGGGGCGGAGGUUGCAGGGAGCCGAGAUCCCAUCAUUGCACUCCAGUCCGGGCAACAAGAGCGAAACCCCAUCUCAAAAAAUAAUAAUAAUAAAUAAAUAAAUUAGUAGUGUAUCGUGAAAUCCAUGUCUUAAAGUGAAACAACAUAAAUCUUGACUUAAACAAGAAUAAUUGAUAAAACCACUCUGAGGCAGAAUCAUCUGAAUCUUACCGCUGUGACCCUGAGCCCAUUUCUUUACCUUUGUGAAGUUAUGUUGUGUGUGCUGAGGGCUGCAGUUUCUACAGUGUAAAGUUAUUGUGAGUAUUAAAUAUGUAGAAAACACCUAUCAUAGUACAUACUCUCUUCAUGAUGUUUAUAGGUAUUACUUUACUUUUUGGUUGAGGCAUUUCUUUCAAAUGAUUCCAGGGGUUUUGUGGGUAUAGGAUGCAAGUAAGCUGGAAACUCUUGGACACAGGUAAAAGAAAGAAACCUUGAGACAGAAUUCCUAUUAUGCUGAAAACAAGCAGAUCCCUUCAAUGAAUACAUUUAUACAGGAAAGCCAGGCUUGCAAUUCAGUUUUUAAUGCUUGUUGAGUUAUAGACCCUUAAAUAACACCACCCAGAAAUGUGUGAGUGCAGCAGCAAGCUUUAGAAAAAAUAUUGACAGUAAGGCCAGGCACGGUGGCUCACACCUAUAAUCCCAGCAUUUUGGGAGGCCGAGGCGGGUGGAUCACAAGGUCAAGAGAUCAAGACCAUCCUGGUCAACAAGGUGAAACCCCAUCUCUACUAAAAAUACAAAAAUUAACUGGGCAUGGUGGUGCGCGUCUGUAGUCCCAGCUACUCAGGAGGCUGAGGCAGGAGGAUUGCUUGAACCCAGGAGGCGGAGGUUGUGGUGAGCCGAGAUUGUGCCAUUGCACACCAGCCUGGGUAACAACAGUGAAACUCUGUCUCAAAAAAGAAAAAAUAUUGACAGUAACAACUUAAACUGUCCAUUAUUUCUUUGUCAGAACUACAACUAUUGCUAACUGUAAUUGAUAUCACACAUACACCAACAAGGAAUUUGAGUAAAUCAAGUGAGAAAAAAAUUUGUAUUUUAAAAUUACAAAAUUGAACUGAAAAUAGAAAGUGAAUUAGAAAAGUGUAUUCUAUCACACUGAACUUUUAUUCGAAUUCUAAAUUUGCAUUUUAAAUUGCAAAUAAAUUUUUAACAUAAUUCAGUAUGACCUUAUGUAUUCAACUUUUUAUGUUUCCUUGUUUAAUAUAGUUACAAAUUUAUUUGUGAAAUAUAUUUUCUCUUUUUCUUUCUUUUGAGAUGGAGUCUCACUCUAUUCCGAGGCUGGAGUGCAGUGGUGCAGUCUCGGCUCACUGCAACCUCUGCCUCCUGGGUUCAAGCGAUUCUCCUGCCUCAGCCUUCAGAGUAGCUGGGAUCACAGGCACCUACCACCAUGCCCGGCUAAUUUUUGUGUUUUUCAGUAGAGACGGGAUUUCACCAUGUUGGUGAAAUCUGCAAGUGAUCCUCCCAAAGUACUGGGAUUACAGGUGUGAGCCAACGCACCCAGCCUAUAUUUUUUCCUUAAUCUGUUAAGAGAUAUUUAUUUCUUUUGCCAUUAUGAAGAAAAAUCAUAACAUGGGAGCAAUGACCUACAUAACUGAAACAGGAAAUGAAUUGGCCCUGGGGAAAUUGCCAUGACCAACUGAAGUGAGAAAAGAUGGUCUACAACAAGACAAAACUGACAUCCCUUAGGAGAGGAUACACAUCUGCAAAGUCAGGAAACAGAUAAAAUUAUUUUUAAAAGUAUGUUAUUUAUAUUUCCAAACAGUAUACUGUACUUAAUAUGUUUUCUGGUGAAGUACUCUUUUUUUUUUUAAAGACUGGGUUUCACCAUAUUGGUCAGGCUGGUCUCGAACUCCUGACCUCAGGUGAUCUGCCUGUCUCAGCCUCCCAAAGUGCUAGGAUUACAGGCGUGAGCCACCAUGCCCGGCAUGCUGGUGAAGUACUCUUAAAACAAUAGGUCCAAUUGUGACUCUGGAAAAGCAUAUGCUGAGUGAUCUAGAAACACAGGGAGAAUAGUAUAUAUUUCACCCAAAAACAUUCUGAGCUUACUAUUUAGAAAUGUAAAUGAACAGUUACACACUGUUUAAAAAUAAGUUUCUCCUGUGUUUCUCUCCUCUGCAACACUUGUGGCUGCCAGCCGACAUAGGGCAGGUGCAGUGUGAGUGGCUGCCAGUGGAUAGUGACAAAAAACUUACUGAAACAAACAAGUGUUUCAUAAAUAAUUUGGAAACAAUUUUGGAAUCCCUUUUUUGGCUGUGAAAACAAUACCUUUCAGAUCCUAUUAAGUGAUUUAUGUGUGGGAAAUCCUCAACUGGUAAUGCAUUUCCAGCUUGAUGAUGCUGUAAUACUGUCCGAAAAUGUGAGAGGAUAUACUACAGAAAUUAAAAAUGCCAGAGGAAGCAAGCCACCGUGAGUGGCAGGCUGUCUCUGCAGGGUCAUGAACAUUUGUUACAAAGUUUGCAUUGUAGCUGUGUGGUGACUCAAACAGGUACAACUGAAAUGGGCCCUUAAGGGAUAGAUUAGAGACAAAACAGGAAUCCACAAAACAGCUCCAUAGUAUGUUUGGACAAGCAUCUAACCAGUCAACCUUUGUAUAUUUUUCCAGUCAUAUAACAUCCUCUUUUUCUAUGAUCUACUUGUCAAGUAAAUUUUGCCCACACAUGGGACGUACCUCAGUCUGGAAAAUAAACAUGUUCUUCCCAGCUGUAAACUGACUGCAGAAUGACUAAAAACAUCAUGAAAUUGAACUUAAAGCAGCAGUUUUGCGUUUCUUGGUUCUUCAUUGCUGCAUUAAGGAGAUGGAAGCUUUAGAAGGAGUUUCAACUCUGGGGUCACUGUCCCUUGAUAGAGACCCCACCUGUAUGGAGGAGCUGGCAAAUCUACAUCUGCACUUAAUAUUGUUAGACUGACUAUUGUAUCUUGCUAUUUAUUUACUAUUUUUAUACGUGGUUUAUAUUUUUUGAUGUGAUUAGUUAAGUCCAAAUUGAACUAAAAUUACUACAGUAUUCCUGAAAUUAAUGUAUUUCCUCAAUUUACACUAAGGUUGAAUUUAACAUUGUGGGACUGUGACUUUUUUGCUGUUAAAAGGGAUUCUUGGCCUGGAAAUGGUUGGGAACUACUGAUAAAAAUACCAGCCUUCAUUGUACUGUAAAUUCAGUUAAAUUGUAUGAAAGUUUUUUUUCAUAAUUGUCUCUAUAUUUUUUAAAUGCUUUAUUUUUAUGCAUAAUAUACAUGCAUAAGACUCACCAAUUUUAAGUGCAUAAUUUAAUGAUUUAGUAAAUUGUGCAUUUUUCAUCACAAUCCAGUUAGAGCAUUUCCAUCAUCCCAAAGGAUCUCUCAUGCCCAUUUGUAGCAUUCCCAUACUCCCUAGCCCCAAGCAACUUAAUCUGUGUGUCUAUAAAAUUACCUUUUAUGAACCUUUCAUAUAAAUAACAUCAUAAAAUAUGUAGUCCUUGGAUCUAGCUCCUCUCACCUUACAUGACAUUUUGAGGUAAAGCCAUGUUAAAACAUGUACCAAUAGUUUAUCAUUCUUUUUUUUUCUAAAUAGUAUUCUAUUGUAUGGACAUACUAAUUUUGUUUACCCCUUCAAAUUUGGAUUGUUUCCACUUUGGGCUAUUAUGAACGAUACUGUUGUGAACAUUUGCAUGCAAAGUCUUUGUUUUCAUUUUUGGGGGGUAUAUAUACCUAAGAGGGAGAUUAAAUUGCUGAAUUGUGUGGUAAAUUCAUAUUUAGUUUUUAAGGAACUACUGAACUUAUGGUAUGUCUGCAAACUUUUACAGUCCUAGAGCUUUGUGAGGGCUCCGCACUGAGGAGGCUCCAGAUCCUCACCAACACUUGUAAUCGUCAGUGCAUUUUGAUUACUGUCAUUCUAGUGUAUUUGAUGUCUCAUUGUGGUUUUAAUUUGUAUAUUUCUAAUGACUCAUGAUGUUGACUGAGCAUCUUUUCAUGUGUUUAUCAGCCAAUCCUAUAUCUUCAUUUGGUGAAAUAUCUAUUCAGAUGUGUUGCCCAUUUUAAAAAUUGGGUUGUUUUCUUUCCAUUGAGUUAUGAGUCUUUUAUAUAUUUUCUAGAUACAAAUACUUUAUUGGAUAUGAUUCGGAAAUAUUUUCUCGCAGUCUGUAGUGUGUUAUACAUCACUUUUAAGAUAUCCUUAACAUUUAGAAACUAACAUUGUGAACAAUAAUCCUGGUAGUGACAGAGGUUUAGAUUCCUGAAGCCUGAAAGACUAACUGCUGUCCCCCCGGGGCGCGUGCUGCAUCAUUUACAAAAACUGUAGAGCACCUGUUGUGAGUGCAGUUGUAAUUGCUUAUAGAUUUUUAGAAUUGGAAGGCAUGUAGAGAACAUGUAGUCUGGCACAUUGCUUCAGUAGGUAAGUCAGUAUGAACUUUUAAGAAUUUUUGUUUUCUUCUGUAGUGGGUCUAUUGUGGGUAUGUUCAGCAUGACAGGGGAAAGAAGGGGAAUGGCAUCCCCUGAGAUUGUGAUGAAAUGGCUUUCAUCAUCUUUAAAUCAAAGUGAGAUGCCAGUAAUAGGACAUAUGUAUAUAUGUACACGUGUCCCUGUGUGUAUGUAAAUAAACAUGCUGGGAGGAGGAGGUGAUUCAAUCAGGGACUUGAUAAGGACAAAAGAAUAACUGGACCUUCCUUUAAUGAUGAAAACCGUUUACAAACAAACCAUCAAAGCCAAAAUGUGAAUUCUGGUAGUAGCCUGAUUCUUCCUAAGAAAAUGUUGAUGUAACCAUUGUAGUGGCAGAGAUUGUUUUGGUCCAUUCUAGAUCCUCUUUUUUUUUUAUUUUGGUCUGGUUGGGGGUUUUUCCUCCCACUUAGGUUGCUCUUAUCCACCACUACACUGGCUGCUUUUAUUCCAUAGCAGACAGUCCUUAAGUCUUUGCAUAUGUCCUUAUUCAAAAAUUAACUGUCAUCAGUUUUUCUUCUGCAGAAAACGUUUUUUUAAUCUCUUAUAUGAGAAUGCUCUGCAUCUGCAUUCUCUGGUUGAUGCAGUUUCCUGUCUCUCUGCUCUGUUCCCAUUUGGUAGAAUAAAUCAGUUCCUGCUUGAAUUCUGAGCUGAUAAUGUUCUCUGCAUAUCCCAAAAGUGUGGACACUAUGAAAAUCACAUGCCAUUAAACACUACCCCCAAACACAACUAGUGGGAUUAAUGGUUCCUCAUUAAAUAAAUGCCCAAUGUGAUACAGGGCAGUGGUCCCCAGAAAUGAAUGUACCUUAGAAUCACCUGUAACAUGUAUUUAAAAUACAGAUUCCCUAGCUCCACAGGCAAAGCACCCCUGCGAUGUGACACACUGAUACAGUUCAGGGAGCCACUAAGGCGGGCCAAAAUGGUUCAGCAGGCAAAGGUCCAAGCUGCCAGUGUAUUGUGUCAUUACAGCAUGCUUAGCAUAGCUAGGAGGUUGGGCCCACACCCAGCCCCACAGCUGUUGAGCUUACAGACUCGGGCACAGGGCUGUCUAAAUGGCAGAUGUGGGCCACAACUGUUGGGUACAAGCCAAGCUAUAUGUGGGAAAAUCUUACUGUAAGGGGCAAGUGUGAGUAAGAUUUAGGAGCCACAGGGAAAUACAGCAACACAGUAAAUCUUGUGUUAUGGGAGGGAUGUGGAAGAAAGUGAUAAACUACUGGCCAAGGUGUCUUCUGAUUGGGUGACUUGCCACCAUAUGGGCCAGGCAGGUUGCAGCAGCUCUGCCUUUGGGAGGUGGCUGGAGAAGGGGAGGGGAGAGAGGCAUGUUGAAGACAGAUGCACCCUUUCCUGAGCAGGCGUUAGCGUUCAGACUGCAGAAAGGAAUCCCACAGCCUGUUUCCCAUCCCUCUUGUCCUCAUCAAGAAUUGGUCCUCAUGUAUCUGCUCUGCUUCCACUUUCUCAGGAUGCUGAUAUUUUCGCAAAUACAUUUAUGGAAAACAGUUACCUUGCCCACCUCUCCAAACAUCUAUUGGUUUUACAUUUUUGUUGCAGGGGAGUGAUCUCUUGACCUAGCUUCAAAUGGCAUAACAUUCAGCAGUAUCUGAGUUUGGAUAUAUCUGAUGAGAGGAAAGUAAUUGUGAGGCCUUUGUUCUAAUUACAACUUUGUCACUACCUGACUCCAUGACUCCAGCAAAUUGCUUCAACUCUCUGGCCUGCAGUUCUUCCUUGCAUGAAAUAACAGGCUUGGUCUAGAUAGGUGGUUCUUAUCAUAUGGUUUCUGGACUAGCAGCAUCAGUAUUACCUGGGAAAAUUGUUAGAAGUGCAAAUUUUUGGACUCCGCCCUAGACCUACUGAAACAUACUCUGUGGGUGGGGCCCAGCACAGCAAUCUGUGUUUGAAAUGCGAUUUUGAUUAUUUGACAAAAGUCUGCAAAUCACUGGUCUAGAUAAGUAGUUCUUAGCCUUGGCUGCUCAUUAAAAUCAUCUGCGCAGCUUUCAUAACCUACCAAUCCUGUCCUCUUCCUCCAAAGAUUCUGACUUAAAUGGUUUCACGUGGGGUCCAUGGUUAUGUGGUUAUAGUGGACGUCUAGGUGCUGUCUGAGGUCUUCAAAACUGAAAGUCAGUGUUUCCCAGGUGUAAAUGGAUACCUCUAGACCUGGCCUUCUCAAGCUAUUAGGUGUUGCUAUAAUAGAAAAGGAAAGGCAUUUUCAAAACUGUCUUUGGUUGUGGACAAGGAGGAGGAAAAUGUAUUUCUUAACUUCUAAUAAGAGAUUAUUCUGUAAUUUUUAUCUGAGUGCCAUUUGCUAAAUAUUCAUUUGCAACUUUAAAUUUAGUCAAAGAAAUUAAAUGCCCAUAAAUGACAGAGGAAAUAAAGAAAUUGUGAUAUAUGUUUUCAAUAAUAUACUCUUUAGCAAUAAUAAUUAAACUAGUGAUGCACAUUGAAGAAGUAAUAUCAUAUCAUUCUUCUAAGUGAAAGUCAAACACAGGUAAAACUAAUCUAUGGUGAUUGAGGUCAGGAUCAUGAUUACCCUUGGGGGUAGGGUGGUAAUAAUUAGAAGCAAGCACAAGGGAAACUUCCAAAGUGCUAGAAAUGUUCUACUUCUUGACCUGGUGGUAGUUAUGUACAUAUAUACACACUGCACAUAUAUAUGCACUGAGCUGUACUCUUAAAUUUGCAUACCUUACUGUAUAUAUGUUACUCGUCAGUAAUAAAGAUUUACAAAAAAUAAAAUGUAAUCCUCAAGUGGAGUAUCCCACUAUCACUUGGUAGAUAUGCCAACUACCUUGGUAUUUAUGCCAUCUGUGGUCACUAAAAGAUGAACACAGCACUUUGAUUUCAUGUUGACAUUAAGUUAAAAUGUAUAUAUCAGUGUCUGUCAUCCCAAAUUGAGAAGGGAAUAGCAUGGACUCUAUUUAUUUAAAGGUUUGGUUUGUUUUGAAUAUUUGCAUGUCUGUAGGACCCACAUUCUGCAGCAAUACCCAUGGGUGAUUGCAUCUCUUAUCAAAACCAUCUGCUAUUCCUCCUCAAAUCUUGUAAUAGGAUAUAAGAAGUAAAACUGCCUGCUUUUCACUAUCUGCAGAAAAAGACCUCACCCCUUCUCCUGUCAGUGACAGGAGGUCAAAUGCAUCCUAACAAAUCAAGGUGAGAUAAAAAAGAAACUACUCUAGCAGACAGAAACAAGUCCCUGCAAAUUGCAAUAAGCCACUGGCUAGUUAAACAAGGCAUAUUGGAAAGGCAUUCAGAGAAGACGAAUGUGUUAGGGAAAUGAAAACCAGAGUCACUUAGCAGAAUGCAGAAAAAUCCUUUGGAAAGUGAGUCUUAUAAUAGAUGGGAAAUUACAAUCCAUCACUCAGCUAUCACUUUAAAGCCACAGGCUGGGUGAUUUCACUUCAGGGAGCACAUCUUAAGCACUGUUCCUUAAAAGCACAGCUGGACUGGUUGAUGUCUACCUAUGAAAUUAUUCAAAGAAGCCAAAAUCUUUGUUCAGCUGUGACUGUAUUAAAUGCUGUCAGUUUUACCUGAUACUGUCUUUUGAAAUGCUGUGUUCUGUGCCAUUAUGUUCCAUUUACUUUGAUGUCUGUCGGAGUUGGGUAGAAUACAUAAGACAGUUUUUUUUUUUUUUUUUUUUUUUUCAGAUUAAAAAAAAGUUUUUAGGCCGGGCAUGGUGGCUCACACCUGUAAUAACAACACUUUGGGAGGCGGGCGGAUGGAUCACCUGAGGUUAAGAGUUCCAGACCAGCCUGGCCAACAUGGUAUAACCCCAUCUCUACUAAAAAUACAAAAUUAGCCAGGCAUGGUGGCACAUGCCUGUAAUCCCAGCUACUCAGGAGGCUGAGGCUCAAGAAUUGCUUGAACCCGGGAGGCAGAGGCUGCAGUGAGCCAAGGUCACACCAUUGCAUUCCUGCCUGGGCAAUAAAAGUGAAACUCCUUCUAAAAUAAAAAAGUUUUUUAAGAGAUGGAGUUUUGCUAUGUUAUCCAGGCUGGACAUGAACUUCUAAUUUGUGGGCUCAAGGGAUUCUCCCACCUCAGCCUCCAUGAGUAACUGAGACUACAGGCACAUGCCACUUAUUACCUUUAAAAAAAUCACAAAUCUACAAGUUUGAAAAGGUGAGGGGACUUUAUUUCUUAUAAGGGGGUUAUAUCCUGCAGGCUAGAAAGCACACCCUCCAGCCAAGACCAGAGACAGGCACUUUGAAGGAGGAGGGGUUGGGGUACGAGCUUUAUGAUGAAUGGGUUGGCUAAACAUACAGAUUCAACAGGUUACAGGAGGAUUAUAAAUAUUCAUGAAGGUGGUCCUGACGCAUGCAUAUUGAACAAACAUGCAUGUUAUGUACAACCCAUGUUCACUUUGGGGUGCAGACUUACAUUUAAAUGUUAGGCCUAUACAUAACAUUUAAAACUUAGGUCCUGUACAGGUCUUUUCAGGACAUGAAUGUACACAAAUGCACAACCUCUGUAAACUGGCCAGAACCAGUCUGUAAUUGGUGGUCUUAUCAGGGGAAAGUUAUUGAAACCAGUUUCUUGUCUAAUCAAGGCUAUAGUUAUAGCUGGUACACCAGGGAUUCCGUUAGUCAGUGUUUGCAUGAGCUGCAACUUUUUUACCAUUGCUUAUCUCAAGACCAGCAUUUGUUUAACUGCUAGAGAAAAAGAAAAUCCUUAUGGCAGUUAGAGUACAGUUUAUCCUUUAAGUGUAGGAAUGUGACUUAACUCUUGCCUGGCAUAGCCUCGGUCCUGUUUAUAAUUUGGUAUCUUAUUGCCACGAAGCAUCUGUUCUUAUGUUCUCUAUUUUAGCAUUAAUGCUGAGUGGUCACGGUGCCAGGCUGUUACUAGCCCCAGGGUACUGUACCAUGCUUAGUGAAUUCCUUAUGCCCUAUUCACAUCCUUGUAAAUAGUUCCUUUAUUAAACACUCUUUAAACUAUCCAAUUGGAGUAUGUUCAUCUAUUUCUUUCGGGGAUCUUGACUGAUACAGAAAUUGCUGCUACAGGUGGCCCCAGGAGAAAGACACUCAGAUUGGGAAUGUGGGUUUGGAUAGCCCAUUUACUUACUUGCCAGUGGUAAAUGUGACACAGGUAACCUGGCCAUAGGGCAGCAUCAUGGUUAUUCAGAUUAUCCUGCGCGAGCAUGAGAUGAAAAGCAGGAAGAGGGCACGGCACUGGGAGAUCAAGUACUGUGGCUCUGGCAUUAUGGUGAUUAGCAAUGAAUAUAUAGAAUCUCCUGGCUUCCUUUGACAGUGCUAGAAAGUAUAUGAGGAAUAAAGGAAAAAUGAAACUGCAUUUGCAGUUGAGAUUGUUAAGUGGAUAAUCAGAAAGCCUGGCUGGCAGCUUUUGAAGGAUGAAUUACCUCCUGUACUCACAGAGCAGAUGAGACUGUGGGCCAUGUCCAGUUCCUAAUGCUGAGCAUUAUAACAACAUUUAAUUAGGUUGCACACCAAUUUCACUCAGCUGCUUCUGCCAAGGAGAGGGCACUGGUAGAGGAGUGGGGCUUAAAAGAGAGGUUGGAUCAAUGUGGGUAAAACAGAAUUUUGAAACUCCAGACUCCCUUGGACUUCCCUGCUAUAGGAGGGAGCUCUGCCGCCACUAUUUGAGAGAAGCAGUUCUUACUUGCAUAAAAUUUUUUCCAUACCUGCACCUGUUGCAGUUGUCAUAGAAGCUGAGGCCAGUGCCCCUCAGGACCUCCCUCCACCCAACACAUGUCCUUCAUUACUACUAGGCCUUUACUGAAAGUAAUUACAAGUCCUGAAGUGAGUAGUGAUACCCUGUACACAAAAAGAAGUUUAGAUUAGGAUUGUACCUAACUGUAUCGUCAGGAGCCUGGGGAGUCCUUAUGGGGUAGUAGAUCCUAAGGAUGUAGAUCAAGGAGAAAAAAUAUAUGGCUUUAUUGAGCCACACUCAGAGAUGGGUUGGGAUUUAAUGUAUUGCAUGGGCCACUCAGGAAUGACAUUAAUGGUCUACUAGCUUGGCUAAUUGAGCCUGAACUCAUGGCCUCGAGCCUUGAUAUUCAGUGUGGUCUGUGGAUCAGCGGCAGUGGCAUCACCUGGGAGCUAAAUGGAAUCCUAGAAUCUCAGAAUCCACCCAGACCUACUGAAGCAAAACUCUGUAUUUUGCAAGCCUCCUAGGUGACUUGUGUGUGUGUGAAAGAUUGAGAAAAACUCUAGGCCUCUGAUACAAUGAGGUCGAAAUAUCGAACAGUGGCUUUCAAAAGUGUGUUCCUAAACGACGUGUUGGCAUCAUUUGGCAACUCAGAAAUGCAAAUUACCAGACUCCACCCAAGACCUCCUGAAUCAGAGACUCAUGGGGUAGGGCGCAGGAAACUGAGUUUUCACAAGCUCUCCAGGGGAUUCUGAUGCACACUGUUGUUUGAGUCACUUUCAUGACCUGCUUAUGGCCUAUAGUUAAUCAGGUCAAAAUGCUGGAACUUCCCUGGCAUACCAAAGAGUAGUGCUUCCCUAUUACAAACAGCUACUCAGCCACCCUCUCAUCUACUUGUCACCAAAGCAGCAGGCAGUGCAUCAGUGGGAAGAUACCAACCUGCUUGAAAAGGUGAUGACUCCCCUUUAGAGGCCAGAGAUGACCUUAGGGGGAGAUUGCAAAGGACUGGUUUUUCUGAUCUCAUGGGAAUAUGGGAUCCCAGAGGCUUGAGGCAAAAUGGCAGUGCUUCACUGUCAAAGAUGGUUGAGUACAUCGGCUAUGGUAAGCCACAGAGUAUGGUAAGCCAAAGAGACAGAGGCAAUUAGAGAUUUUUGGCCCAUAGGCAUCUGUGACAAUAACUGAAUGAUCAUACGAUCUCUUGAAAUGUAUGGUCUCUACUAAAGUUCUUCUUGAUAUACACAGAUGAAAAAAUUGGGGCUAUACUGGGAAAACCUCAAAUCUACAUAAUGGGAAAUCCUGGCCUCUUAGCUCCCAGUUCUAAGCCAAAGCCCCUCAACAGAGGGAAAGGGUGGAUCCUUUGUGGACAGACGCUAUAGUAGAGGCACGGUUGUUUUUCAUGAAUGAUUUGUCUCCUCUUCCCUGGAAGAACCUACUGCCAUUUACUUAAGAAACUAUACACAGAGCAAAGAGAAAUAACACACCAUCUCAGGAGUUACUAGAUACCUACUCUGAACUGACAUUUAUCUGAGGAGACCUGAAAAAUGCCAAUGGGGUCCUCCAUUCAAAUAACUGGUGGGGUCUGGGCCCAGGUUCAUCUUAUGGUUGAUCCACAUUGUGGUUAUUUCCCAGCCUUAAAAUAUAUAGUGGGGCUAGACAUACUUAGUAACGGGCAGAUGCCCAUAUUUGUUACCUGAUUUAUGGAGUGAGAGUUACUGUGGUACAAAGGGCCAAGUCAAGACCCUGGAACUGCACCACUACCCUCCUUCACCACAGAAGCCAAAAGCAAUUCCCCAUCCUUAGGGAAAUUGCAGAGGUUGAUGCCACCAUCCAACACUUAAAAGAUGCAGUGCUUUGAUUCUUAUCACAUCCUCAUUCAGCUUACCCGUUUGGCCAGUGUAAGUGUCAGACAGGUUAUGGAGAAUGAUUGUGUAUCACUGCAAAUUAAACAGAUGGUGAUGCCAAACAUAACAGUGACCUGGAUGUGGUAUCUUCACUGGAACAAAUCAAUAUGGCCCUAGUGCCCAUUUACAGUCAUUGACCUGGCACAUUCCUUCCUCCCCUAUUCUCACAAUAAAAGUCAGAAGAAGUUCACAUUUUCAAGACAGGACAACAUACCUUUACUUAGUUGGCUCCAGGCCACAUGAACUCUCCUGGUCUCUGUUAUAAAACAGUCCAAAGGGCCUUUAGUCAACUUGAUAUUCUAUACUGUGUUGCUCUCAUCCUUUACAAUGAUGACAUAAUGCUAACUGGAACUGGGGAACAGAAAGUAGCAAGGACCCUAGAUGUCUUAGUAAGUCACAUUCAUGCCAGAGGAUAGGAAGAGAGAGUCCGUUAACGUUCAGGGGCCUGCUGCACGUGUAAAGUUUUGAGGGGCGCAAUAGCCUGGGGUCAGUAUCUCACUUUCUAAAAGUGAGAAGUAACUUGCCCUGCUUUGCACUGAUCACCACAAAGGGACAUAGCAUUUGUGGGGCCCCUUUAGAUUUAGGAGGCAACAAGCCACAUGUGUGCAUACUGCUUGAACACAUCGCCUAGGAAACAGUGAAGCUGACAGUUUAGAGCAGAUAUAGAGCACAAAAGGGUUCUGAGGCAGCUCCAGGCUAUGGUGCCAGCUGUCCUGCCACUUGAGCCUUCUUACCCCACAGACCCAAUGAUACUCAAAAUAGUUUUGACCAACAGAGGUGUCUUAUGGAGCCUCUGGCAAUCCUCAGUAGGAAACUCAUGACCUGCUGGUGACUAUUAACUGUUGGAAGGUGGCUCUGGCUUGCUCCUGCACCCUGGUAGAGCCUGAAUGCCUUAUCAUGGUCUGCCCAUGUUUGUAUGACCCAGACUACCCAUCAUGCAUGGAAUAUCCACUGAACCAUGGAAUUCAUUGAUCUAACAUGUGCCCCAUUACCUAAAAUAACCUGACUUGAUAAAGGGUAGAAUGUCUAGAUUACUGUAGAUUCAAUCAAUGGAACCCAUUCUGUAAGUUUGGGUUGCUGUCUUACCAGUUGCAGCAUAAAAUCAUCAGUGAACAUAAGAGGCCCUCUUCCCCAGAGCCAGAACACAUAGGAAACAAGAAGUGGAUGCAUGUAAGAGUACACUCUUACAGCUGUACCUAACAGCCCUUUUAAGAUUUUGCUUCCUUUCCCCACUAUCCUGAGUUCAAAGGAUUUGAAUGUCUAGGACCUGUAGGAAAAAUUCCACCACCAGGAAAUACAGUGAUGAUUCCAACUACUUGGUAACCUUGACCACUUUAGGCUUCUCAUGCCUCUGAGCAAACAGGCAGAGAAGAGAGCUAUCCUACUGGCCAGGGUGACUGAUCCUGAUACCAGAAGAAAUGAGGUUGUUACUUCACAAUAAGGGAGAAGAGAACUACAGCUGGAAUGCAGAGGAUUCACAGGAGCAUCUUUUAGUUCUCAUUUACCUAGUAGUCUUACUCAGUAGAAAACAUAGCCAUCUAAUAAAACAAGACCAUUAAGAACUCGGACUCACCUGGAGUCAAUGUUAGAGCUACCCCACAAGGUAAAGAACCCCAACCAGCUGAGUUCUGACAGAAAACGCAAAACAGGUGGUAGAGGAAAGCAGAGGCUGAGCACAGUGGCUCCCUCCUGUAAUCCCAGCACUUUGAGAGGCUGAGGCAGGUAGAUCACCUGGGCUCAGGAGUUCAAGACCAGCCAGGCCAACAUGGUGAAACCCCAUCUUUCCAAAACCUACAAAAAUUAGCAAGAUGUAAUGUCGGGAGCCUGUAAUGUGGGAGGGGUUAAGGCAGGAGAAUCGCUUGAACCUGGGAGGCAGAGAAUUGCUUGAACUGCAGUGAGCCAAGAGGAUAUAUAGUUGGCAGAUAAACACAUGAAAAGAUGUUCCACAUCAGUACCCAGUAGGAAACUGCAAAUGAAAACCACAAUGAGAUAUCACUACACAUCUAUUAUAACAGUUAAAAUAGAAAAGAUUGGUGACAACUCAAUCUUUCAUACGUUUCUGGUGGGAAUACCAAACGAUGAAGCCAUUCUGGAAAAUAGUUUGACAGUUUCAUAGAGAUCUAAACAUACCCUUGACAUAUGACCUAUAGUCAUACUUCUGGGCAUUUACCCCAGAGAAAUAAAAAUUCGGGUCUACACAAAAAUCUGUACAGGAAUGUUCAUAGGAGUUUUAUUUGUAAUAGCCCUGAACUGCAAACAACCCAAAUAUCUUUUUUUUUUUUUUUUUGAGAGAGAGAGAGGAUGUCACUCUGUUGCCCAGGCUGCAGUGUAAUGGCAUGAUCAUAUUUCACUGCAACCUGGACCUCUAGGUUUCAAGCAAUCCUCCUGCCUCAGCCUUCCAAGUAGCUGGGACUACAGGCAUGUGCGAGCAUGCCUGGCUUUUGUGGUGGUUGUUGUUGUAGAGACGUGGUCUCACUAUGUUGCCCAGGCUGGUUUGUCUCACACUCUUGAGCUCUAGAGAUCCUUCCACCUCCGCCUCCCAAAGUGUUGGGAUUACAAGUGUGAGACACCACACUCAGCCUUCAAAUGCCUCUUGUUAUGUGAAUGCUUAAACCAAUUGUUGUACAUUGAUACUACGGAAUAUUACUCCGUAAUAAAAAGGAACAGACCAUUGAUAUGUACAACAACAUGGAUCUCAAGGGUAUAUUGUGUUAUGUAGAAAAAAGCCAGUCUCAAAGACCACAUACUGUAUAAUUCUAUUGAUAUAACAUUCUUGAAAUGACAACAUCAUAGAUAUGGAAAACAAAUUAGGUAUCUCCAGGAGUUAAGGAUGGUGAGGGUGAGCAGGUAGGUGUGACUGUAAAGGAACAGCACAAGGAGGUCUUUGUUUUUUGUUGUUUUUUUUUUGAGACGGAAUUUCGCUCUUGUUACCCAGGCUGGAGUGCAAUGGCGCGAUCUCGGCUCACUGCAACCUCCGCCUCCUGGGUUCAGGCAAUUCUCCUGUCUCAGCCUCCUGAGUAGCUGGGAUUACAGGCACACACCACCAUGCCCAGCUAAAUUUUUGUAUUUUUAGUAGAGAGGGGGUUUCACCAUGUUGACCAGGAUGGUCUCGAUCUCUUGACCUCGUGAUCCACCCACCUUGGCCUCCCAAAGUGCUGGGAUUACAGGCUUGAGCCACCGCGACCGGCCACAAGGAGGUCUUUGUAAUGAUGGGAUAGUUUUGUAUCCUAACUGCAGUGGAGUUACAUGAUCUACACAUAUCAUAAAAUGACAUAGGAGUAUAUGCAAACACAUCGUACUAAUGUCAAUUUCCUCAUGUUGAUCUCGCACUAGAGUUACAUAAGAUGUAAGCACUGAGGAAGACUGAAGGCUACAGGGGGACUUGACUCUACUAUUUUUUGCAAUUUCCUGUGAAUCUACGAUUAUUUUCAAAGUGAAAGGUUAAUAAGGGCUGGGCGCAGUGGCUCAUACCUGUAAUCCCAGCACUUUGGGAGGCCAAAGUGGGCAGAUCUCAAGGUCAGCAGUAGCUGUGGCUGUAAGUAGAGAAACAGCUACUGCAGGCAGUGGCUCACACCUGUAAUCCACGUACUUUGGGAGCCCCAGGAGGGCAGAUCACCUGAGGUCAGGAGUUUGAGACCAGCCUGGCCAAUACAGUGAAACUCUGUCUCUACUAAAAAUACAAAAAUUAGCCAGGCAUGGUGGUGCAUGCUGGUAGUCCCAGGUACUCAGGAGACUGAGACUGGAGAAUCUCUUGAACCUGGGAGGUGGAGGCUAAAGUGAGUCAAGAUCAUACCACUGCACUCCAGCGUGGGCAACAGAGUGAGACUCUGUCUCAAACAAAACAAAACAAAAACAGCCACUGCCAACCUGCAGCUGACCUAGGGAGGGAAAACCUGGAAAAUGAAUACCACGGAUCACACUCUCCCAUACUCUGCCUCCUACUUUUUACCUCCCAUCUGCUCAAUCCAGCGCCAACUGAGAGAGCAUCCCUGAAACAUAGCACUCAGCCCGCUGGGGAAGAGGAAAGGGAAAGUUGAAGAUUUGAGCUAAAGGAAAAAACAUUGAAAGUAUCUAGCACAAUAUUCUUCUAAAACUUUUAAAAAAUGGCUUACAUAGAUUCUUAUUCUUUUCCUUCUGGUGUACACAAAGUACGAUAUUCCACAUGCUUUCCUGAAACAUGCUUUUUUAUCCCACUCACUAUAUCUCAGAGACAUUUUCAAAUUGCUUCAAGAAUAAUUACCCAUUUGGCCAGGCAUGGUGGCAGAUACCUGUAAUCCCAGCACUUUGGAAGGCCAAGGUGAGUGGAUCGCUUGAGCCCAGGAGUUUGAGAUGAGCCUGGGCAAUGUGGCAAAACACAGUCUAUGAGAAGAAACACAAAAAUUCACUGGGCAUGGUGGUGCACGCCUGUAGUCUCGGCUACUCAGGAGGCUCAGGCGGGAGGAUCAAUUGAGCCCAGGAGGUCAAGGCUGCAGUAAGCCGUGAUUAUGCCACUGCACUCCAGUCUGGGAAACAAAGCAAGACCCUCAUCUAUUAUUAAUGUUUGGAUCCAAUCUUUUGCUAUCACAUUAAUACAAUGAAUAGUCUUGUAUACACAUGUCAUUUUAAAAGUAUACAGUUGUGGAUGCACAAUAAAUUCUCAGAAAUGGAAUUGCUGAGUUAAAGGCAUUUGCAUUCAUAAUUCUGAUAGGGACAAGUGGCCCUCCAGAGGGUUGUAUUUAUUUAAACUCCUACCAGCAAUGUGUGAAAAGUGCCUGUCUUCUCGUAGCUUUGUCAGCAGAAUUUAUUAUUACUGUUUUGCAUUUUUGCCAAUCUAAUACAAGGGAAAAUAAUAGGAUAGUUUUCAUUACAGUUAUGUUCUUAUGAGUAAGGUUAAGCAACUCUUCAUAAAUUUGCAGUUAUUUGUACUUCCUUUUCUGUGAAGAGUAUCUUCAUAUUUGCCCAUUUUUCUACCGGUUUGUUGGUAUUUCUCUUUUUGAUUUUGUAAAUAAAAAAUAAAAUUCUAAGGCCCACCAGCCAUCUGAAUGGACCCCUUCUCUCAGCCAAGAGUAUUCCAAAGUUAAUCCAAAAAACUAGUUCAGGCCAUGAUAAGAAGGGAGAGCCAGACAAGCCUCAUCAGACCCUUUUAGAUAUAAUUCCUUCAGGAAUUACUGAUAGAAAAACUCUUUAAGUCUGUUAAGACAUAUUUAUAAGGCUGGGUGCAGUGGCUCACAUCUGUAAUCCCAAUACUUUGGGAGGCAGAGGCAGGCAGAUUGCUGGGGAGUUCCAAAUCAGCCUGGGCAACCUCUGCUCUACAAAAAAUGCAAAAAUUAGGCAUGUUAUCACAUGCCUGUUAGCCAAGCUACUUGGGAGACUGGGGUGAGGGGAUUGCUUGAGCCUGGGGAGUUAAGACUGCAGUGAGCCAUGACCACACCACUACACUCCAGGCUGGGCAAGAGAGAAAGACCCUGUCUCACAAAAAAAGAAAAAGAAAGAAAUAUUAAUAUCUAUUCUCUGUAAAGCCUGCUCCCUGGAUACUUCUUUUGCGUGAUAAAACCCUGGUCCUCACAACCUCUUGUCAUAACCCAAACAUUCCUUUCUAUUGAAAAGAAACUCUUUAAAACAAUUGCUGAUCAGAACAUCUUUGUGCCUACUACUUGGAAGCCCCUGCUUCUGGUUGUCCUGCCGUUUCAGGCUGAACUAAUGUACAUCUUCCAUGUAUUGAUUGGUGUCUCAUGUCUCCCUAAAAAAGCUGUACACCAACCACCUGAGGCGCAUGCACUCUGGAUCUCCCAAGGGCUACUGAGUCAUGGGCCCUUGAUCACCCAUAUUUGGCUCAGAAUAAAUCUCCUCGAAUAUUUCACAAAGUUUGACUUUUUCCAGCCACAAUUUCUAGGAGUUCUUUAAAUAUUAGGGAAAUAAACUGUUCUUUUGUGAUAUUAGUUGCCAAGAGGGUCACUUACUUUUUUUGACGUGGAUUACAAUGUCUCUCUCUCCACCUCAUGAGGAAGCUUCUGUUUGUUUGUUUGUUUAGCAAUUAGUCAUUUUUGGGGUUUUGUUAUUUCUUUUCAUGUUUAUUUCAGCAAUUAGCCAUUUUUUUAAAGACUAUUAAACAUAACUAGUAAAGUCUUCACCACGUUAAUGUUACAAAAGAAUUUCUGAAUUUCUAUAGGUUUUCUUUUUAGAACUUGUAUGCCUUCAUAUUUUACAUGUAAAUCUUUGAUCCACUUGAUAUUUUCUUGGAGCAAGAUGUAAGAUAUGAUUCCAACUUAAUUUUUUCCCAGACAUUAACUGGUUAUUCUAACACUGUUUACUGAAUAAUCAUGACCCCUCUCCCAGAUUGAGAGGCACCACUUGCUGCUGUUAAAAUUUGCACGUAGUUAGAUCUAUUGAUGGAUUUUCUAAUCUCUUCUGUGGGUCUAUCUUUUAUACUCUUUUUUUUUUUUUUUUUGAAACAGAGUCUUGCUCUGUCGUCCAGUGGCAUGAUCUCAGCUCACUGCAACCUCCACCUCUGAGGUUCAAGCAGUUCCCCUGCCUCAGUCUCCGGAGUAGCUGGGACUACAGGUGUGCACCACAACACCCAGUUAGUUUUUUGUAUUCUAGUAGAGAUGAGGUUUUACCAUGUUGGUGAGAAAGGUCUUGAUCUCCUGACCUUGAGAUCUACUUGCCUUGGCCUCCCAAAGUGCUGGGAGUGGUGGCGAGCGCUGUAAUCUCAACUACUCGGGAGGCUGAAGCGGGAGAAUCGCUUGAACCCGGGAGGCAGAGGUUGCAGUGAGCCGAGAUCGCGCCAUUGCACUCCAGCUUGGGCAACAAAAGUGAAACUCUGUCUCAAAAAAUUUUUUUUUUAUUUUUAUUUUUUAAUUUAUUUUUAUUUUUUUCACUCUGUCACCUAGGCUGGAGUACAGUGACACAAUCUUGGCUCACUACAACCUCCGCCUCCUGGGUUCAAGCGAUUCUUCUGCCUUAACCCCCUGAGUAGAUGAGAUUACAGGUGCCUGCCACCAUACCUGGCUAAUUUUUGUAUUUUUAGUAGAGAUGAGUUUCACCAUGUUGGCCAGGCUAGUCUCAAACUCCUGACCUCCAGUGGUACGCCUGCUUUGGCCUCCCAAAGUGCUGGGAUUACAAGUGCAAACCCCCAUGCCUGGCCUUUAAGGAAAUUUUUAAAAAAUGUUUUUCUUCACCCAUAACCAGUUUAAAAGUUCUUAAAUUCCUCUAAUUCCAUAUCUGCCAAGCGAGACACUUGUUCCUCAUGGUAUUAUUUCUUUUAGAGAAGAUUAGCUUUUGCUAAGCAUCUGCAAAAAGCUACUAAAUUUUAAUACUUUUCUAAUUUCUUUGUUUUUGUUUCUCUUACCUGGUCCAGGAACAAGGAAAUAUUUUCAAUGGUUUUAUUCCCAGAUGAGAAGCCCAAGGCCACAUUCAAUUAGACUCAGCCUCUGAAUGGUGGUUUAAACACAAACCUGGCUGCAUGAAGUUCAUGUCACAAAUUUGAUGUCAUGAAAGAGAAAUUUAGUUGGUUAGUCACCUGGGUGGAUAAGAUGGGUGGUCACGGCAGAUAUAAAGGAAUAAUCCAUGAGUGAUUGAGGCUAAAGUAAUCCUCUUCAGAACUAGGUCAAGCAGUUUAUUUAGGGUUUGGAUGGUGAGUCAGCCUGGCGAGGCUUGGGAUCCAGGUUGAGGACCUUGUGAGGGGUGUGUGUGUGCGUGUGUGUGUGUAACUUGGAUAAAAGAGUGAAAGAGUGAUUCAUCUUUCUGGAAGAGCCUCUGUCUCUGUCUCUGUCUUUUUUCUUGUCUUUCACACUUUCUUCAUCUCGUUCUCAUACAUUUGCUUGUUCUCACACUUUCUAGAACACUCAUUCUCUCUCUCAGGCCUGCUCUGACUCCUGUUUCUUUCUGGCACCCCCUCUUAAGAACUAGUGCAAGGCUUUUGCCUGAGACAUGACAGGGCAGGUGUAUUAGUCUGUUUUGACACUGCUAUACAGAAAUACCUGAAGCUGGAUAAUUUAUAAAGAGAAUAGGUUUAAUUGACUCACGGUUCCACAGGCUGUGCAGGAAGCAUAGCUGGAGAGGCCUCAGGAAACUUACAAUCAUGGCAGAAGGGGAAGGGGAAGCAGGCACAUCUUCAUAUGGCCAGAGCAGGAGGAAGAGAGAAAGAGGGGGAAGGUGCCACACAGAUUUAAACAACCAGAUACCACGAUAACUCACUCACUAUCAUGAGAACAGCACCAUUCAAUCACCUCCCAUCAGGCCUUACCUCCAACACUGGGGAUUAUGACUGGACGUGAGAUUUGGGUGAGGACAUAAACCCAAACCAUAUCAGCAGGGGAGGGAAAAGAAGUGGUGAACCCAGGACUACCCCGGUGGGACUUGAUCUGAUUCCCUGUUGUUACUCCUUAUCCAUUCCAUCUGCUAUCCUGUUGUGUUCUAUUUGGACUCCAAACUGAGGUUCACAGAGAAACUUCCAUGGGCAUCUAGACACUACUGUCAUCUCCUUAUUUCCUCCUACCCAUGCUUUAGUCUAUGUUUUGAGGAUCCCUGGGCCUUUGGAAAUAUGAGGGAGCUUUGUUGGUCCUAUAAAUGUGCAGGGAAGGACAACAAAAAAUAAAUAAAUAAGAAGGGAAACGUAAAAGGAUCAUAGAUAGUGUCAAAGAGUAACUGGUGAUUAUAUAGCUUUAAGGGAGAAGUUUUAUGCCUAUUUUUGUUUCAAAAACAACCUGUGGUCUUCACAAGCCCUGGCACUAAAAUAAACAUGAAACUAACAAUUAAGCACAGGUUUCUAAGCUAUGGUUUAUUAUCUUUGGCAAGACAGUGAUCCAAGGAAAACACAGUACAGAAAUAAGAAAGAAUAAGCCGGGCGCAGUGGUUCAUGCCUGUAAUCCCAGCACUCUGGGAGGCCGAGGUGGGCAGAUCACAAGGUCAAGAGAUCAAGACCAUCCUGUUCAACAUAGUAAAACCCCAUCUCUACUAUAAAUACAAAAAUUAGGGGGACAUGGUGGCGGGCGCCUAUAGUACCAGCUACUUGGGAGGCUGAGGCAGAAGAAUCUUUUUUUUUUUUUUUUGAGGUGGAGUUUCACUCUUGUUACCCAGGCUGGAGUGCAAUGGCGCGAUCUCGGCUCACUGCAACCUCUGCCUCCUGGGUUCAGGCAAUUCUCCUGCCUCAGCAUCCUGAGUAGCUGGGAUUACAGGCACGCGCCACCAUGCCCAGCUAAUUUUUUGUAUUUUCAGUAGAGAUGGGGUUUCACCAUGUUGACCAGGAUGGUCUCGAUCUCUUGACCUCGUGAUCCACCUGCCUCGGCCUCCCAAAGUGCUGGGAUUACAGGUUUGAACCACCGCUCCUGGCAGAAGAAUCUCUUAAACUUGGAGGAGGUGGAGGUUACAUUGAGCCGAGAUUGCACCCCUGACUGAGAUUGAGCGAGACUCCAUCUCAAAAAAAAAAAAACAAAAACAAAAAGAAAAAAGAAACUGGGUAAUUUGUAAGAAAAGAAAUAUAAUUGACUCAUGGUCUGCAGGCUGUACAGGAAACAUAGUGGCAUCUGCUUCUGGGGAGGCCUCUAGAAGCUUCCGAUCAUGGUGGAAGGCAAAGUGGGAGCAGGCACAUCUCACGGUGAAAACAGAAGCAAGAGAGAGAGAGAAAGGCACCUCACUUUUAAACAGCCAGAUCUUGCAAGAAAUCACUAUCAUGAGGACAGCACCAAGAGGGUGGUGCUAACAUUUCCUGAGAAACCCAUCCUCAUGAUCCAAUCACCUCCCACCAGCUCCGAGCUCCAACACUGGAGAUUACAUUUCAAGGCGGGAUUAGGUUGGGGCCAAUAUCCAAAUGCCAUCAAUUGUUAAGGAAAUAAAAGCUUUCUGCCAUUUUA